AUGGCUGUGAGUGUACUGUUUGUGUUUUCGUUGUUAGUGUCAUGUGCGGUCGCUGAGGAAUACAAAAUAGGUGGUAUAUUCUAUCAAGAUGCGGAGGACGCGAAAGUGGCGUUCACUAUAAGUGCUAAAAUGUACAACUUCACGCCCAUAUUAAGGGAGGUGUCUAAAAGGGGAGAAACACUUGAAGUGAGCGAACACGUCUGUUCCCUUGCUGAGGAAAGCGUCCUUGGCAUAGUAGAUGGGAUCGGUGGACGCUCCAGUGAGAUUAUCCAAGCGCUAUGCGACACCAUGGAGCUACCCCAUGUCGUCAUUCGACAUGACGUCAUCAACACCAAAAACUGGUCCCUGCUAAACCUGUAUCCUAGUCCGACAGCUUACAAUAUGGUAUUAGAAAAGCUGGUUUUAGAAAAGGAAUGGAGAAAUUUUACUUUGGUGUACGUGAGAGGCAACAGCUUGUUGCGGCUGCAAAAUUUAUUGAUGAUGGGCAACGACACCGACAAGUAUACUAUUUCAGUAAGAGAAUUGGAUGGUUCUGAUUACAGGGAUGUUCUUAUUAACGCAAAAGAGAAUGGCUAUACCAACUUCGUGGUGGAUUGUCCGUCAAGAUACUUGGAGCAGUUACUGAGACACGCACAGCAAGUGGGCCUUAUGUCUGAUGAGCACUCUUACAUUAUAAUAUCGCCUGAUCUAUUCACUUUGGACUUAGAGAGGUACAGAUACGGCGGAGUCAAUAUGACAGGUUUCCGUUUGAUGGAUCUGCAAUCGAACGAUCGCCUCUGGAAUUUCACAAAUCAGUUCAACCUUGAAACUGGCAAAAGUCUACAAACUGAAGAGAUCAAAACCGAAUUGGUUCUAAUACAAGACGCGAUGCAGGUGUUUUCUGCCGCCUUGGAGAAGUUGAUUUAUAUACAAACGCAAUCGCUUAGCUGUGAAAACUAUGAGAGCUGGAUGUAUGGAUCGUCACUAAUGAAUUUCAUGAAAACGAAUAAAGUUGAAGGCUUGACAAGGUCUUUGCUUUUCGACGGACGCGGAUUACGUUCAGAAGUCAUAUUUGAUGUGUUGGAGUUGACCUCUUCGGGAAACCAGACUAUAGGGCACUGGAAAUCUAAUGAGUUAACUAUACAAAGGCCAUUUAUACCGGACACAGAAAUAAUUGAAGAAUCGGUAUUGCGCAAUAAAUCUCUCAAAGUUCUGAUAGCAUUGACACCACCAUAUGCCUAUAUAAAGGAAUCCGAUAUAAAAUUGGAGGGCAAUGACCGCUACGAAGGAUUCACCGUGGAUCUUAUCGAUAAAAUAGCUGAUAUUCUCGGAUUCAGUUACGAGUUCGAGAUAGAGGGCGUAUAUGGUAAACUUGACCCGGAUACUGGCAAGUACACCGGUAUGGUUCUGAAGCUAAUGGAAGAGAGAGCGGACUUGGGAAUUUGCGACUUCACAAUGACAGCGGAACGACAGAAAGCUAUAGAUUUUUCAACGCCGUUCAUGACUACGGGCAUCGCUAUAUUGUACAAGCAGCCGAGUAAACAACCUCCCGCCAUGUUCUCAUUCAUGGAAGUUUUCUCGAAAGAGGUAUGGUAUUACAUGGUCCUUAUCCAGUUGGGCCUAGGGGUUAUUAUGAUCUUCGUUGGUCGUAUCUCCAACAAGGAAUGGCAGAACCCCGUGCCUUGCAUUGAACAACCCGAAGAGCUCAGCAACCAGUUCAGUUUCGCUAACUCAGUUUGGCUCAUCAUUGGAUCCGUGAUGCAGCAAGGCUCAGAAAUUGCACCCAUUGCGUUGGCUCCAAGAAUGAUAACCAGUAUAUGGUGGUUCUUCACAAUGGUGAUGGUGGCUUCAUACGUCGGUACCCUAGUUGCAUUCUUAACGGUAGAAAAGAAUGUCGUGCCCUUUAAGACACCUGAAGAUCUAUACAAACAAAAAUCAAUUGCAUACGGUGCGAAAAAUGGUGGUUCUACUAUGGAUUUCUUUAAGGGGGCUUCAAAUGAGAUUUAUAAGAAAAUGUAUCAAAAGAUGCAAUCAAAAGGAUGGGCAGUGAACGCGAACGACGACGGUGUUGCAUUAGCAGAAAAUUCAACGUAUGCAUUUUUAAUGGAAGGAGCGUCGAUAGAAUACUACAGGGAGAGACAUUGUGAUUUACUUCAAGUUGGCAACUUGCUUGACCAGAAGAGUUACGGCAUCGGAAUGAAAAAAAAUUCACCAUACAAAGUCCAUAUUGAUGAUGCACUACUAAAACUUAAGGAGAGAGGUCAAAUACAAAAGCUGAAGGACUUAUGGUGGAAGGACAGAAGGGGUGGAGGAAAAUGCCAGGAAAAACAUGAAGAUAGUGCUAAGCGUCUGGAAAUGAAAAAUAUGUCAGGCGCUUUUGUAGUGCUAGGGGUGGGGUGCCUUAUUGGCCUCGGUAUAUCCACUUUGGACAUGCUCUGGGGUGUUUUCAAACGUUCCGUGAAGUAUGGUACCACCUUCAAAUAUGAAUUAGUGGAAGAGCUCAAGUUCGCCCUUAAAUUCAGUGGUGACGUCAAACCUGUCAAAAGACCACCGAAGACAGAAGAUGGAAGUGCAGAAGCCUUAGCUGAUCCAGAGGGGAAGGAUGACAUCGCUACAUUGAAAUCACAUUUUUCGGGCAAAUCUACAUCUACUCGUAGGACGCAACACUCACAUAGCUCUAAGCAUUCUUCUAGUGGUUUAAGCGUCGCUUUCGCUAGGAGAAGAGAGUAUACUUAA